UUGACACGUAAUUAUGCCUUUGGCUUGAAACACUUCUUAUUGACAAGUAAGCAAGUUUAAGAAUGUAUGUGACUGCAUGUAUUCACUUUAGAUUUCCUGAAACGAAGUUGUUAGUGUUUCUUCUUCGUCUGGUAUAUAGCUAUAUGCAAGAGUGUACAGUUCCCCUCGUAUCGAAUAUCCAAACAGAUUUUUUAACUGAUAGAACCAAUUUUGAAAGAAUGGCUAGCGGGCUACUUCUACUGCUGGUUGCAGCCCUCGUAGAUAAACAAAAAUACAUCGUUACAUCGUAUAUUCUGGGCAUGCUCAGUAUACCUAAUGUAGUGCGUGUGUUCGCUCAUGUGUAUAACUAUUGUACGGUGGAUUAUAUGUGUUGUUGUAGGGUGGAGUGUCUGUGUUUAUAUUUGUGAUGACUUUAUAUAAUUAUAAUAAUACCACGAUACUGACAGUCAAGAUGUAUGCCAAACUUUGCUUGCCGCUACUCAUUUGCUACUUUCAGAUUUACUCUCAAACUAUUAAUGCUGAUCAAUGUCAAGACUGUCUUCUUGCAAACAAUGGUGAUAGGCCACUACCAAUACUUCUCAGACCAGCUAAUGGAAAUCGAUUUAAGCCAAACCCAGUACAAGCCAUCAUCACUAGCUACAAGUUCAAUUGUUCUGGUGUUAUCACUGAGUGGAGAGCCCUAGUGGAGGGUAGUAGUAUCGGAGCUUUUGAAGAGCAAAUUUACACGAUCUCCUUCCAAGUAUGGAGACCAAACUCCCUCUCACCAGUAGACACUGAUGGCUGCUACAACUUGGCUGGUUUCAACCAUUUCUCACCUAUUCCACUGGCUCAUCCUGACACAACUGAGAGAGGAAUAGUGACUGGGGUACCACUAGAGAGUGAAAGGAUUGAGGUCCAACCAGGAGAUGUGGUCGGGUUCUAUCUGGAGGGUAGCAGGACCAGUCUCGAUAGUAUUCAGUUUGCUGGAGAUGAAGACAACCCUAGUCCGUACAUUGAUGAGACAGUUUGGUUUGCUACUGAUUUACUGACUCCUCGCCCUGAGACAGCCUGCAUGUAUCCUGUCGGCACAUCCGGUCUACUCAAUUCCUCUACUAACCUAGCUCCACUAAUCUCUGUCGCAAUAAGUACAAAGACUGUCGUGAGCCCAAGUUCAAGCUACACUAUAACCACACUCUCCCAUCGUAUGCUCACCCCUACACCCACCCCCAUACACACACUCUCAACGUCUCAGCCCGUUGUUACUACCGACACAAAUCCUACUCGUGUAACAGAGAAUACAGUGUAUGCAUUGAUAGUACUACUAGUGGUAUUAAUAGUAGUGCUACUGAUAGGUGCAACUUUAUUCACUAUACGCUGGGUGAGAAAAGCAACAUCUCGAUCAGUUCCUGAAAAUCAAGAAAUGAAAAUUGACCCAACGACAGACGAGAACGAAGCAUAUGGCCAGCUGAGGGAAGCUACGUCACCUGACAACCACUCUUAUGACUACAUGGACGAGACAGACAUGACUAUUGCAGCCACACAAAAUCCAGCCUACCUAACAACAGUCAGUGAUGACGUGCAAUAUUACGAAAAUGAGGGCAAGCCAGAAGAGUUGGGAAUGACAGCAAAUGAAGCUUAUGCUGUGACCAGAGAGACAGUCACAGAUGUAGAGGAUGCAGAUAAAUAUGACUAUGUAGUAUAGCUCCUAGCGUUUGGUUUGACAAACAACGGAAAAGUAUUAAUUGCUGAGAUGUCGCACACAACAUACAUGUAUUAAUCUUGUAAAGACAUAUAGAACACUGAUAGCUAUGACUCUCAAAUACUUGCAUAAGCUAGGGUUACAUGUACCAGUUGUACUAUGG